GGCUCUGGGGCCUGGUGAACAAUGCAGGGAUCGGCAUCCCCGCGGCCCCCAACGAGUGGCUGACCAAGGACGACUUCGUCAAGGUGCUGGACGUGAACCUCAUCGGCCCUAUCGAGGUGACCCUCAGCUUCCUGCCCCUGGUGAAGCGAGCCAGGGGCCGGGUCGUCAACGUGGCCAGUAUAAUGGGCCGAUUGUCCUUCUUCGGAGGGGGCUACUGCCCUUCUAAGUACGGCGUGGAGGCCUUCUCCGACAGCCUCCGGCGUGAGAUGCUGCCUUUCGGGGUGAAGGUGUGUGUGAUCGAGCCGGGUUACUUCAGCACCACAAUUACCAACCCUCAGAACAUUAUCGAGAACUUCACUCGCCUCUGGGAGCGGCUCCCCGAGGAAACCAAAGCGAGUUAUGGGGAGAGUUACUUAAACGCUUGUGAGUACGUUGCCCCAUUCCCUUCCCCACCAGCCGGCAGCUACCGCGCACCCUUCUCUCGUCCCCGGCCCUGCACUGCCGCAGAGCGCCCUUCGAGUCGGCGGACACGGGACGGCUACAGGGGCCGAUUCUCAGCUGCCGUGCAUUGUGACUGAGUGGCGUUGCACACACACUUUGCACUAGUGCAAAUGGCGCCACGCUAUGCACGGCAUUGGGAGGUCAGACUCCUCGUUCCCGCUUAGGCCUUGUCUAGCCAGGAAAUCCGGUGUUUUUCUUUUCAAUCCGGCCAGCUCAGCCCAGCUGGCUGAACCGGAUUGAAACCCCCCUUCUUAAAUGUGGCCACAAUUUAAUGCACCGUUCAGAGAGGUUGGGCCGUGCUUGC